AUGGCAGCGCAUCAUCCAUCACCCCCAGCGGGUAUGCAAUUGCACCAUCCUCCUCAUAAUGGCCCUGCUCCACCUGGGAUGGCUCAACAGCCGCCGAAUUGGCAGCCUGCUGCACCGCCAACAUCAAUGCAGCAGCUCACUGCCAUGAAUGAGACAGUAUGGCUUCAAAUAGCAGAACUGCUAGGCAAUCUAGAUGAGGCUAUGGGCGCAUAUGAACAUGUACUUCGCACGAAUCCAAGAUCUAUACCAGCGAUGAAUGCCAUCAGUUCUAUCCUUCGUGCGCAAGAACAAUUUGCCAAAGCAGUUGAAUAUUUACAAAAUAUCCUCAAGUUUGAUCAGAAUAAUGGAGAUGUUUGGGGUCACUGCUUUUUAAUGAUGGAUGAUUUACAACAAGCAUACUCGGCUUACCAACAAGCUCUGUACCAUCUCCGGGAUCCUAAGGAGCCUAAACUUUGGUAUGGUAUUGGAAUACUAUAUGAUAGGUACGGUUCUCUUGAACAUGCCGAGGAGGCAUUUUCGCAAGUGAUGAGAAUGCAGCCAGAUUUCGAAAAGGCAAAUGAGAUCUAUUUUCGCUUGGGUAUAAUUUAUAAACAACAGCAAAAAUACCAACAGAGUUUGGAAUGUUUCCGAUACAUUGUCGCUGUACCACCAACUCCAUUGACAGAAGAAGACAUUUGGUUUCAGAUCGGACAUGUUCAUGAGCAACAAAAAGAUUACGAUAGUGCCAAAGUUGCCUACAAGCGUGUUCUCGAUCGGGAUCCAAAACAUGCAAAGGUCCUUCAACAACUUGGAUGGCUGCAUCACCAGCAGAGUACUAGCUUUCAAAGUCAAGAGCAGGCUAUUGAGUAUUUGGAACAAUCUGUCGGUUCCGAUCAAAGCGAUGCACAGAGCUGGUACCUCCUUGGUCGGUGCUACAUGUCACAACAGAAGUACCCCAAGGCAUACGAGGCCUAUCAGCAAGCUGUUUAUCGAGACGGACGGAAUCCGACUUUCUGGUGCUCGAUUGGCGUUCUGUACUACCAAAUUAACCAGUACCGAGAUGCGCUUGAUGCAUAUUCCCGCGCGAUACGCUUGAACCCGUACAUCUCCGAGGUCUGGUACGACUUGGGUACACUGUAUGAAUCAUGUAACAACCAGAUCAACGACGCUUUGGAUGCUUAUCAACGUGCUGCCGAACUUGAUCCCAACAAUGUUCACAUCAAAGCUCGUUUGCAGUUAUUGCGCAGUGGACAGACCAAUGGUAUGCCAGGCCAGGCAGCUGCUCCUUUGCCACAAGAUGUACAUCCUCAAGCUUAUCAAGCGUCUGGCGCUGUUGGGCCUCCUGGGCCUCAGUGGGGAAGCUCUGCUCCUCAAGCACAAGCUCAAGGACCACCUGCAGUCAAUGGAUGGGGAAGCAGACUUGCUGAAAUUAAUCCUCCUCCUCAGCCACCUAAUCCUUAUGAACAACGCCCAGCUGAUCGUGGUCCAAUUCCACCGGCACCACGAGUACCAAGUCCCAGGCAAGAUCAACAAAUGAGGCCAUAUCCUGGUGCUGAUGCCCGUCAGGCACUCCCACCACGUCCUCGUUCACCUCCACGAGCUCCCAUAGAUAUGAGAGAGUCUAGAGAUCCCAGAGAUCCAAGGGAUCCAAGAGACCCAAGAGACUUAAGAGAUCUUAGAGACCCAAGAGAUUCUAGAGACGUUAGAGAUCCAAGAGAUCCAAGAGAUCCAAGAGAAUUCAAAGCAGAAUUCAAGGAUCCUCGCGCCGACCCUCGCGCUGACCCUCGCGCUGAUCCUCGAGUCGCGGACCCUCAACCUCGUGACCCCAGAGAUCAAAGGGAUCAAAGGGACCCAAGAGAUCCAAGAGAUCCCAGAGACCCUAGAGACCCUAGAGACCCAAGAGACCAAAGAGAUCCAAGAGAUCCCCGUGAUCAAAGAGAUACACGUGACCAUCACCCCCUAGGUCCUUAUCCGGGCCCUGGGGCGGGAGCAGGAUCAGGAGCACAGCCGCCUCCACCUUCUCAUCCACAACAACCACAAGGACCUCCUUCUCAGCCACAGAGAGUUGCGAAUACAAACUACGCUCCUCCACCUCCAGGUCCUCCGUCCGUAAUACCACCAGCUCAAAAUGGAAUGAAUGGUGCCGGUCCUGGUCCUUUACCCCCUUUCGGCCGUGUUAAUAGUCCUCGACCAGAAGUUCGACCAAUAAUUAGUGCAACCAUGCCAUCUCCCAAGACCACUUAUCCCAACCAACCACCAUAUCCACACCAUACUGAUAUCCCUGAAAGAAGUGUGAUUGAAGGAGGUGCCUUACCACCGGUACCCGGCUUAGCUGCCCCAGAGCCCGUUGCAUCUGCAGAUCGCGGGGAUAAUAGACCACCUUCUGUAGGUCCAAAGCGAAUGCGUGAGUGGGAAGACGAACCUGCAGUGAAGAAGCCUGCUUCAGAUGAAAAUCGUGCUCGACUGGAAGACAUGCAUCAUCGAAGACCUUCUACUCCACCCAGAGACCGGGAACAAUUCCAUCGUAGCUCCUCCGAAGCUCGUCGUGCUGAAGACCAAAGAAGAAUUGAGGAACAACGCCUCGCCGAAGAGCAAAGACAAGCAGAUAAUCAAAGAAGAGUUGAGGACCAGCGCCGCGCAGCUGAACAACGUGCAGCUGAGCAACGCCGUGCGAACGAGAAUUAUCACCCGUCAGAAGCUGCACAUCACCCACCAACCCAUGGUAUGCAAGGCCAUCCAGCAAUGCAACAAGAUUCACGCCCACCGCCUCCCCACACAUACGAAGUAGGCCCACCGCCUUCUCUGCCCCGGCAAGCUACUCCAAUCAAGGAAGUUGCAGUAGAUGAGCGUGAUCGCCAACAAGUACCAGUAUCACAACAGCCAUCUCUAGCUCAACGAAUGGAACAACCUCCACCUGCUCCAACACAGCCCGCACCAGUUAGCGAGCCUGAACGAGCAGCACGAAAGAUGGAUGUAGAUGAGAAUUAUGAUGAUGAUGGAGAUGAAGAUAAAAAGGGGGGAAUUGUUUCAGCACAAGCUUCAGGACCUCCAUCUGCAAGUGGUGAUCCGAAAACUACUAGCCCACCAGGAGUUAAUGGACACUCUGCAAAUGGAUUACCUAAUGGACAGCCAAAGGUUGAGGCGGCUAUUUAG